ACAUAAGUAUCGGCAUCAUUUGUUAGUUCAGCUUCUUAAUUGGUAUGAAUUCUAAAAGCUUACCUUAGUUAAUGUUCUUUACAAACCUUUUAUUUUUUAAUUAAAUUAACAAUUUUAAAUUAACAAAUUAAUAAUUGUUGCGGUUAAAAUAAACGCGUUUUGUUAAUGAGCUUUUGAAGCAAAUAAGUUGGAAGGUCUGCGUCCUGUUUAUGCUAAGUUUGCUUAACUUCAAAGCUUUCCAAUGAGUGGCAUUAUUCGGUUGUUGCCUUGGGCUAUUGUUGCUCUAAUCACAUGCACGACAUCCAUCACGUUUUAUUUGUCUUAUAUUAAAUAUGAGCACGUGACAUAUAUAUUGCCGUAUAUAAGCGAUACUGGGACAUUCCCACCCGAAAGUUGUAUUUUUGGACAAGGAUUCAAUAUAGGAUCAGCAUUAAUAGCCUUUGCGAUCUACUUGAAGUACCUUCAGGUGAAGGAAAUCUACAAGAAACACCAUAUCGAGGACAAAUACAAUGUGAAUAAAUUGGCCUUGAUUUUAGGACUUAUGGCUAGUGCAGGCCUAAAUCUGGUCGCAAAUUUUCAAGAAACUAAUGCAUUUUCUAUACAUUGGUUUGGGGCUAUUUUAACUUUUGGGGUCGGAUCGUUGUAUAUAAGCUUCCAGUGUUAUGUAUAUAUAAAAAUAUCUCCCGUGAUUGGACAACGUAAGCUGACGAUGUUCCGAAUACUACUUUCUCUCGUUUCUGCAAUAGGUUUUAUAGUUUGCACAGUAACAGCGUUUAGAAGCUAUGGAGAAUUUAAAGGUAAAGAUGUAACAAAAUGGCAGAAAGAAGACGGAGGUUUUCAAGUUCAUCAAAUCAGUACGAUCACUGAAUGGAUCACCGCAUCCAGCAUAAUAAUUUACAUUUCUUUGUUCUAUGAAGAAUUUAAAAGAAUAACUGUAAAACCAUUGAAUAUUAGUCUAGAAGAUGGAAUAGCUUAAAUAAACUUGUAAAUUAAUAUCUGGGUUCAAAUAUAUUACAUGGAUUUUCCUCAAACAAUGAGAUUAAGUGUAAGAACGCGUAAUAAACUAGAAUUUUUUUCAUCGA